AUGACCAUCUUCAGUUUGUACAUCUUCGACAGGCAUUGCAACUGUGUAUACUAUCAGGACUGGCAUCGGACGGUCCGUCCAAAGACGGCGGUCGAAGGCGGCAUGCUUCCGGCCGUCUAUGCCCCCGUAUAUCCUGCAGCCAACCCCGACUCUUUGUACGGCAACCGCAACACCCUCUCCUCGUCGUCCGGAGUCGUCGUAGCCGUGAACGACGAACAACCGCAUACGCCUCUUCCGACGCAAACCCACAGUCCAAUCGCGCCCCUGCCAACACCUCCAACGUCCUCUCUACCGUUCGACGAGGAGGCGAAACUCGUGUACGGAGUCGUGCUCUCCCUCCGGAACAUGAUCAAAAAGCUCUCCGGCAAGGACGAGCAGUUUGUCAACUACCAGACGUCGACGUACAAGCUGCACCUGUACGAGACGCUCUCGGGCUUCAAGUUCGUGAUGCUCUCGGAUCCGAACGCGGACUCGCUCCGGUUCGUGCUCCGCCAGAUCUACUCGGGCCCGUUCCUCGAGUACGUCGUACGCAACCCGCUUGUUGGGAUGGACUCCAGGGAGCGCGGGAUCGACAACGAGUACUUCCGGAUGAGCACGGACAGGUUGAUCAGAGGUCUCACCGUCUUUCAGUGA